AUGAAGUUCUUUUGUGUUCCGUUGUUCGCCUGCAAGGGCCAGCUGGUCGAGUCUUUGGAUUUUAGUGGAAAAAACUUAUCCGAUCUGCCGAAGGAGGUGAUCAAGGCCAAGAAGACGUUGGAGGAGCUCAAUUUGCGCAUGAAUUUUAUCGAAGUCCUUCCACAAGUGAGUUUUCCCCCACGUUUUUCUCGAUUUCAACGAGAAAUUCUCGAAUUUCCAGAAAAUCGGUCAUCGCGACGGGUAAAUUAAUGUUUUUAUACCUGAGAUUUGAGGGUAGCCGGAUAAAAAGCAUUGAAAUCCUCAACACCCUAGCGUAUUUUACAAAUGCAUUUCAAUUUUGAUCAAAUCUCAACAUUCUGACGACGUCAUAAUGACGGAUUUUCUGGAAAUUACCUAAAAUUUCGCGAAAUUUCUUUUUUCCGACGAUUUCUGAGAUUCCUCUUGCAGGAACUGUUCCGUUGCGCUCGAUUGAAGAAGCUCGAUGUCAGUGAAAACAGAAUCAAGAACUUGCCCGAGGAGAUUUCAUUGCUCGGUGACUUGAUGGUCCUCAAUUUGAGCAAAAAUGGUAAGAUUUUCCUUGGAUUUUGCGAAUUUUAGGCAUAAAGAAGCUUGAUGAAGGUGGAGGAAGUGAUGGGAAACUUGAUAAUCGUAUUUUGCAAGAGGUUUUCACGUAAAUAGAAAAACUAGAAGAUUUUAUAUUGUACUAGACGAAAUUUUAGAAUUUUGAUGAAUUCUUGAUGGAACAGGAAGUAUUUUAAUGGAGAAUGGUUUUAAUAGACUCUAUAGGGUCUGGUGGUCGUAUUGAGAUCAAAUUCGAUCUUGGUUGUGAUGAAUAACAUCAUAAAAUUUUGAUUUUUCAAAGUUUAGUUCCGGGAAUUUUUAAAAUUAAUGUUUUUUUGACUUUAGACGUAAAUUUUUGCCUUGAUCAUGGUUUUAAAAUACGCGUAGAUGGUUCCAAUUGCUUUUUCACUUUGCUGAAAUUUCAAAUUCUCAAAUUUUAGACCUGGUAAACCUCCCGGAUCAGAUUGGACAAUGCGUGAACUUGGUCUCCCUGAACUUGAGCAACAACAUGCUCUCACUCUCCAAGAGUGUGAUGAAUCUGACUCAACUGACUACUCUCAACAUCUCUGAGACUUCCACAACGACUCUACCAGCUGAAAUUGAUCAACUGGUCAAUCUUCAACAUCUGGAUGCCAGUCAAUGUGACAUCUCCAGUCUCCCCAACUCAAUUGUUCGAUUGUCGAAGCUGAAGGUCUUGGAUUUGUGCGAGAAUCACAUUACUGAAUUGGUAAGGGAGAUUUUGAAGAUUGACUUUUUUUUGCACUGUGCAGAUUUAGAAAUUAUUGUUGGAUCUGCAAAUUGCGAUGAGAUUUGAGGAUGAACUGGUUUGUAUAGGUAGAUUCUGUGAUUUUUUGCCCUACUAUGCAGCUAUGACUGUAAAAAAUUACGCACUGUGCGAUUUUUACUAAAAAUUAUUUUUUGCACUGUGCAAUGAAUCAAAGUUAUUUUUGACCGCACAGUGCGAUGGUGUUUUAUGAAAUAAUUUGCACAGUGAUAAAUUUAGACCUCUAGAAAAUAUAUAAAAAAUUUUUUUUUAUAAAGUAAAGCGCGCGGUGCGAUUUUUUGGACGUUUAUUUUCUGCACAGUGCAGUUUUAAAAUUUUCGUAUUUGACUGCACAGUGCGGCAAAUUUUUGUAAAAAAAUUGCACUAUGAAAAAUCAGUGCCUAUACAAGGAUAUUUCAAGUUAAAUUUUAAAAAAAUUAACUUGAAGUAUCAAAUUUUUACCAAAAAAAUUUUUGCACUGUGCAAUUUCAAAAAUUUUUCAAUUUUUUCUAAUUUCAAGCAUUUCAGCCCGCCCAAAUGGACAAAAUGCUGAGUCUGGAGAGCUUGGACGUCCGUGCCAACAUGCUGACCAAAAUCCCGGACAAACUUUUGCAGUGUCGCGAGCUGCAGACCCUCGAUUUGAGUCAAAACAACCUCCUCGAUUUGCCCAAUGACCUCGGAGAGCUGGACAAAAUGGUGGAGUUGGUCCUGUGUGAGAACUCUUUGAGCUCCCUCCCGCAUUCCUUGGGCAACAUGAAGCGAUUGGAGGUGCUGAAAAUUACGAAAAAUGCGCUGAAAACCCUGACCCCCGCGAUUUGUCGAUGCGUCAAUUUGACGGACCUGUAUCUGAGCGAAAAUCUGCUGGAGGUAGGAGUUUGAGGGUAAAAUACGGAGGGAUUUGUGUAUAUUUUUUUAUUUUUUGGCUAAAAUACGAAAUUUGAAAAAAAAAAAAAAAAAAAUUUUUUUUGGAAAUUUUUUAUUUUUUUUUUCAAAAAAAUCAGUAAUUUAUGUCAUUUUAGGAGCUCCCCAGCAGCAUAGGCAACCUGAACAAGCUCCGUUUCCUGGACGUGAGCAGCAAUCGACUGAAAACUGUACCUUCAACCGUGAGUUUUUAAAUUAAAAAAAUGUUUUUCUUGCUGAAAAUGGUGUAAAGUAAAAUUUUGAGAGUAGUGCUUUUACAUUUUCGGUUAAAAGAGUCCAUUUUUAAGUCGUAUUUCGAUAUGAACAUUGAUUUGUGAAGUCGUAUUUUAGAAAAAAAAAUUUUUUUGGGGCGUAUUUUAGUUUAUACAUGAUGUAUAUAUGUCGUAUUUUACAUUUUAAAAACCAUUUUUACUCGUAUUUUAGGAGGUAGAUUAUUUUUUCAAAUCGUAUUUUAGAAAAAAAAUUUUGGUUUUUUGGUCGUAUUUUAGUUUAUAUAUGAUUUUUGAGCCGUAUUUUACAUUUUAAAAUCCAAUUCUUACUCGUAUUUUAGGAUAGAAAUUAUUUUUUCAAAUCGUAUUUUAGAAAAAAAAUUUUGGUUUUUUGAUCGUAUCUUAGUUUAUAUAUGAUUUUUGAGCCGUAUUUUACAUUUUAAAAUCCAAUUUUUACUCGUAUUUUAGGAUAGAAAUUAUUUUUUCAAAUCGUAUUUUAGAAAAAAAAAACUAUUUUUUUACCAAAAUUUAGAUCGGGAACUGCACCGCAUUGGGAGUUUUGGCCCUCCGCUCCAACGAAAUCCACGAAUUACCGAUGGAAAUCGGGAAAUUGGCCAGCCUUCGCGUCCUCGACCUCACCUUUAACAAACUCGACCAUCUCCCGUACACAGUCAAGGUUUUGGAAGGCCUACAAGCCCUGUGGCUCUCGAUCCGCCAACCACCAAUGCCCCAUCUCACCACAAUCGAAUUGCCCAAUAAAAUCAAGGCCUUAACGUGCUGCUAUCUACCGCAAAAUGAACAGAAUUCAAAUCGUAAGUUGAUGAAGAAAAAUGAAUUUUUUGGGUGGAAUUUUCCGGGAAAAUGGGAUUUUUGGGGGUUCAAAAGAGGUCUUGAGGUAAAAUACGCGGGUUGAAAUUUGGUUUGGAAUAAAUUUAGGUGAUUUUUUGGCGGAAAAUGAUGGAAAAUCUAGGGUUUUUGAGGUUCUUUGAUUGAAAUUUUGAGAUUUUUGGAUUUUUUAAAAUUUUUUUUAGGUUCUAAAAUAUUGUUUAAAAAGGUUGCAAGUGACAGUGUAUGCUAGUAGAAGUCUGUUUUGAGAUUUUAAAGUAAAAAAAUUUGGGUAAAAUACGGCCUUUUUUGAUUUUUUUUUGAUUUUUUUCCAAAUUUUUGCUGUUUUUUAUAUUUUUUUUUUCAGAUUUUGAAGUAAAUAGAGUUUGUAAAAUACGUGGUAAUUAUCACAUAAAAAAUAUUAUUUCAAAAUUUUGUUUCAGAACCUCGCACCGACUCCAAAUCUUGCGUCGGAGGCGCCCGAGUCAACUUCUCCAACAACGCGAACGAAGCCACAAUUGAGGAUGACGACUCGAAAUAUCCGAUCGGAAACUUCCAACGCUACGACACCCCUCAUCCCAAACCAUUCGCACCGAAAAACCGGGCCAACAGAAAUUCCGCCGAUUUGACCGGAAAAACGGCCGGAACUUCGGCUGAAAGUCAGGUAAGAAAAUUUUUGUUGAGGUUGAAAAGUCGUUAGUUGAUGGUAAAAUACGAGAAGAAACCGAUUUUCAUUGAUUUCCCGAGGUUUUUUCAAGUUUCCCUGAUUUUCAGGGUUUUCGUGGUGGGACCCAAAAAUUUUCUAAAAAUGAACUUUUUUGAAUUUCUCAGGUUUGUAAAGAAAAAUAAAGCAGUUCUGAGUGCUUUUACAACCCUCUGAAUGUUAUAAUACCAUCAAAAAUUUGUUUAAAAAUUAAAUGAUUUUUGAAUUUCCCGCCAAAAAUUGAAAUUCAAAAUUUUGCUGAAAAAUUUGUGGCCAAGGUAAAAUAAACGUAUUUGCAGCCAAAUCCAACGGAAUCCAGACCGUUACGAUCGGUCUUAAAGAAGCGACCGAUCUCCCAGUACGCGGAAUGCCAACUGGCCGAGGAAAGAGGGGUCCUCCACAAGAUUGUGAGGGACCCCGACGGAACAAUUGGAUGGAGUAUUGGCGGCGGCAUCUCGGAUCAUGAACUUUAUAAGGUAUGGAAUUUGUUUUGAGGGGCAAGCGUUGAUUUUUUGCGAGAAAUUUUGGGAAAUUUCGAAUUUUGGAGGAUUUUUGAUGAUUUUUUGAAAAUUUUUUAAAAUUUUGUAGGAUUUUUGGAAGUAUUUUUGCAGAAUGUGGUGUGAGAUAGUAGGAGGAGACUGUAAUUGAUAUUUUUAGCGGCUUUUGACUUACGCCCGAAGGUUUUUUUAAUUUAUUUUGACUUGUUUUUCAAAAUUUUCCUCCUUUUUUGAGUGUUCUUUGGCGAAAGCUCAAAGAAAAUGGUGUUUCCCCGUAAAAUCAUUGGUUGUAAAUGACAAAUAAGGUGAUUGGAGUUUUCUGAGCUACAGAUUUUAUCUUGUUUCAACUGUUUUCACAUUGAUUUCGAUAGUUUUUUCGGAUUUUUUGCAAAAUUUUUGGAUUUUUUGCAAAAUCUUCGGAAUUCUUUGAAAUUUUAUAGGUUUUUUUCGUUUUUGCUUCUUAAUUAUGCUGUUUCCAGAAUGCCCGAGGCAUCUUCGUGGCGAACGUACGUCCGGGCGGCCCAGCCGAGCGCGCCGGAAUCCAAAUCGACGACAAAAUUGUGGCCGUGAACGGGACCACAAUGUCGGACCUGAACCAACUGGACGCGGUCCGCAUCCUCGAAGAAGCAGGCGCCGAGUUCGAGGUUCGCAUCGAACGAAUCCCCUUCGAAGCCGAAGAGCCCCAAGAGAAGGCUCCGGUCUUCCCGCAACUCGACGCCGAGCCCCGCCCACCCUCGAGAAUCGGCUCCGUGCUGGAUCUGAACCAACCGAUUGAGGCAAAAACCACUCAGAAUGGAACAUCAGACCCUCAGAGAGCACAGCAAAAAGUUUUGGAACUUUCCGUCGACAAUGAACCACUCCCAGCGCCGCCCAAAGUUCACCUCUUAAGUACAACAUUACCAUCGGCAAGAAGUCUCCCAAGCUUGGUGGAAAUCAACUUGUUCGAACCAAAUAACGCCCCACCUGUCCCUCCAAGACGGUCGGGAUCCAGAAGCAAUCUUAAUCCCGGAGAAUUUGACGUCCAAACCUUCUUGAAUUCGUUGGUAAGGAAAUUUUGGAGGUUUCGGGGGAAAUUGAUUUUUUUUUUUGGAGAAAAAUGGAGGGUUUUGAGGGAUUUAAAGAGUGAUUAGGAUGUAUGAGGGUAUGUAGAGUUGUUAGAAUGUGGAUUUAUCGACCGGUUUUUUGUGGGGGAUAUCAAAAAUUUGAGUUUUUUGGAGAUUUUUGGGGUAAAAAGGUCUGAAAAUAAGGUUGUUAAGAAUUUAUAAGUUUUUGGUAAAAAUUUGACAAGGAAAGUACUUGUAUGGGUAUGAAGUCACAAGUCGAAACAUAUAUCAAAAAAAUCGCAGAAUUUUUCUGAUUCAGAAUAUGUAAAAAUUAACUGCCCAAUUUUGGUUUGUAAGGGCGAAAAAAUCCUCAGAACUUUUCUCGCAACACCACGCAAAUGCUCCCUUUCUUACAUUGGAACUACAUGCUAUUUUUACAUUGAACUGCGAAAUUGGACAGCUAAUUUUUACAUAUUCUGGAUCAGACAAAUUUUCCGAUUUUUUUUGAUAUAUCUCUCGACCUGUGACUCCAUACCCCGUAGAAGUACUUUCCUUGUAAAAUUUCUUUUUGUGAUUUCCCAAUUCUAGAAGACCAAACCGGCCCCUCAACCACCCCGACCAACCUCCAGCCUCGGAAACAAGAGCUUCGAGGACGUGGCGGCCGAAGUUCAGGCCGCGAACCCGGCCAUUUCGAACGUCGAAUUCGUCGACCGAAUGGACCAACCAUUGGCCACAUCCUCCCCAGUCCCACCGAAAUCCAGAAUCCCUGUCAAAAACGCGGCCAACUCGAAUAAUAAUCAACAGACAUUACUAAAUCAACAGGCUUCGUCUAAUGGCCAUCUAAAUCAACAUGGAUUAAAUCAACAUGGAUCCAACGCCCAAAUCCGACCGCCAAGCCAGUCGCGGACUUCCUCAGGCAUUCACAGACCAACCAGCAGUCAGUCCAACCCAAAUGGCCAUAGUCGAUUGCCCGCCAGCCACAUAAAUCCACCUCCGUUGGCGCCGAAACCACAACUGACAAGCCUCCCGGAAAGGAUGGAUUUCGACUCGAAACGACGGCAUUUCGAACAGAGAAUCAACCAGGAGAAAGCGGGACCAAGCCAGGAACGCCCCGCACACCCACCACCGAAAAGACCAUUGGUUAGCGGGCAGGAGGUCGUCAACAACAAAGAGGUCUCCAUGGAUAAGAUCCCCAUGAUCGAUGAGGAAGCUGGAUCCAGCAUGGACAGAGACAUUCAGGAUUUGUUGAAUGGAAAGUAAGUAGUUGUGUGAGAGAGGUUUUGAGAGGGGAGUGGGGAUUUUUGAGAUUUUUUGGGAGUUUUUGGCUGAUUAGACCUAAGGUAAUAUAAUUUUUUGAUUUUGAUGCUGGUUUUUGGGAGUGAUAAGGUGCUUAGAAGGUGGGAAAAGAAAGUUUGAGUAUUAGUUUGGUUGAUGCUAUUGAUUUUUUUUGGAUUUACAUUGAUUACAAAUAGGAUUUUUGAAAUUUUUGCUGAUUUUGACCUAAAAUAAGGUAAAUUUGAUGAAAAACGUGCGAUUUAGCCAGUGUUUUGUGCUUUUAAAGGUAGCCCAAUAAUAAUUAGUGCAUAGAGAAUUAUUUUGGAGGAGCUUGAUAUUAUUUUAGAUAUCAAAUUUUCGAAAAUCUCUCAAUUUUUUCAAUUUUAGCAUUAAUAUCCCUAAAAUAAGGUAAAUUUGAUGAAAAACGUUCGAUUUAAUAAGUGAUUUGUGGUUUUAAAGGUGUGCCAAUAAUAAUUAGGACCUAGAGAAUUAUUUUGGAGGAGCUUGAUAUUAUUUUAGAUAUCAAAUUUUCGAAAAUUUCCCAAUUUUUCCAAAUUUCAGCCUCAAUAUCCCGAAACAGCCCCGACAAAACGGAAAUCAACCCAACGACCGACUCAACGGCCUACGCAAUCAAUCCAUGGAUUGCCCAUCACCAGCUCCGUCGGAUAUCUCAACGGUGAGCUCGGUGUUGGAACAAAGAGCCGCCGAUUUCGAGAAACAACAGGCCCUAAGGCAGGCGAAGCUCCACUCAAUGCACAAGGAAAGCAUGGAGGCGGCGGACCUGGUCAAACUAAUCGACCGAUUCGCGAAUUCACCGAUCCCAACUCAAUAA